AUGAACCUUUGGCCGACUCAGUCCAGGCAACCCAUAUGGGAAGCUCGGACACUUGAACGCUUGCAAUUUGAGCGUUCCUUGGCCCUUGGCUGUGCCAUUGAAUCCACGACAGCCUCUGCUUACGUUUCACAUCUGAACUCUUACCUUAACUUUUGUCGCCUUCAUCAUCGGGCAGUUGAGCCGACUGAGGAUACACUGUCAUUCUUUGUCGUUUGGUUGUCUCAUCAUAUUGAACCAUGCUCUGUCGACUCUUACCUCUCGGGCAUUGUAAAUCACCUUGAAACUCAUUUUCCCCAUGUACGCGAGGUCCGCAAAUCACUACUUGUGACCUGUACCCUCAAAGGUUGCAAACGGCGCUUGUCUAAAUCUAUUCAGCGCAAGCAACCACUUACUCUUGAUGAUCUCGCUCUGGUUGUGGAUGCUCUGGGUCCAUCGAAAGCCUAUGACGACAUGUUGUUCGUCACCUUGCUUGUCACCAGCUUCAAAACCUUGCAACGCCUAGCUGAGUUAUGUUGGCCUAAUGCGAAGAAACAUCAAUCGUAUCGCAAAGUGCCUUUGCGGCAUUCUCUCACUCUCACUCGCAAUUCCGCGAGCUACGUUUUACCUCAUCACAAAACCAGUACCUUGAGAGUGGGAUGUGAAAUUUUGUUGUUAGGAGAACCAGACGCUAGGGUGGACCCUUUGGAACUAUUGCGGAGGUAUGUUGCUGCUUGUGACAAUCUCUUUCCCCAUCAUCCCCACCUCUGGCUCGCGGCCACUGGGACUAUCCCGACACGUGCCUGGUUUAUGUGCUAUCUUUGGCGUUUUUUCCUGCCCACUGUUUCAGGACAUUCAAUGCGUGGUGGAGGAGCCACCGCUCUAGCUGCGUCUGGCAUCGCGCCUGCGCUGAUUCAGGCAGCGGGACGCUGGUCCUCGGAUGAAUUCCAGAAAUACAUUUGCAAGCACCCUUUCCUGCUUCACCUACUCAUACAUGGUUCUCAAAAUCUGUAA